AUGGAGCCGUCGGCCUCCAUCCUCCCAGGGGCCGGCGGUUUCCUCCAGCCCUGCCAGAGCAGGAGGCUGUGCCGCGGGGGCCACAGGGCAGGGAUCCUGCUCAGCCCAGAGCCUUUUGUGAUCCUGAACUCGGGCUUUUACGCGCAGAGGCUGCUGGCACACCGGAGACCGCAGAAAUCCUUCUUCGAGACGCUCAUCAGGAGCCUGAUCAUCUUGUGCGUGGCGAUAGCGGUGGUCUUGUCAUCCAUCUCCGUCUGCGAUGGCCGCUGGCUCUUCGCGAGGGGGCAGCUCUUCGGACUGUGGCACUUCUGCACCGUUAGCAACGGCAGCGUCCUGAAGUGCGUCACUGACCUCAGCCUGGCCAAGGUGGAGGGGCUGAGCGUGGGGGUGAUUCCCAUAAGAAGCAUGGUGUCCUUUGCCGUUGUGGUUGCCAUAUUUGGCCUGGAGCUCCUGAUGGUGUCCCAAGUCUGCGAGGAUGCCAACGCAAGGCGGAAGUGGUCGAUGGGCUCGGUUCUCAUCCUCGGCUCAUUUUUGCUGUCGGCCACUGGGGUUCUGAGCUUCUCCAUCCUCGUGAAGGAUCACCUCACCUUCACAGGCUUCACGCUGACGUACUGGUGUGAGUUCAUCGCUGCCUUUCUCUUCUUCCUUAAUGGGAUCAGUGGACUUCACAUCAACAGCCUCACACACCCCAGGAACAGGGUAGGCAAAAUCUAGGCACAAAGGGUGUACCUCCACCUUUGUGUAAUCAGCUUUGCCAAUUAGACUGGAAAAAAGGGAGUCUAAUGAAGCUUGAAAAGGACACCGUGUCUUAAAUUGUGUGCAAGGAGGGGGAGCAUGAGUCAGUCGUGAUGCCUGUAGAAGACAUACCCACCCACUGGUCAGCGUGGAGGGCUGUGCAACACGAGCAAAGCAGAGACUGAGACUGGCUGCCGCUGAAAUGCAUUUUUCUGGAGUGGUUUAAAGAAGAGGGUGUCCCGUUAAACGUGUGGAGGGGUGGCAGACAUGCGAGCUCAGUUUUGAGGCUUACACAAAGCCUGCACUGCUGUGAGUUUGGUGUUGCUGGGCUUUCCCCUGUACUCUGGAGCCUGUGAAGAGCAUGACACAAUUUUGGCAUGUCUCAUGGCUUUGCUCUGUCUCAGGGACAGAUGAUUUGUCCUGGCCAUGCUCACUGGCAUGGAGUAUUGAAAAUCUUCACUGGAUCUCACUCCUCCAUUUCUCUUUCAAAAGAGAAGGCACACAGGUCUUGAUCUGGUCACCAGUUUUGUUUCCUGCUGGCACAGUCCCUGUAUCUGUCCUUUCCUCUGAGUUUUUUGGGGACGCCACUGCCGGAGGUGCAGGGAGAUGAGCUGCCUGUAGGAUACGUGCCAAUAAGUCGCCCAAACUGACUCUCUCGCAGCCCUUGCAAAGUUCACUGUAACGGGGCAUUUCUCUUCCUGGUUUCUUUUUUGUCCAUUUGGGGCAAAGAAGGACAAGCUCUGCAGGGGGUUGAGGUGGGCAUUGUGGCUGGGCAGACCAUGCUGAGACCACUGCACCUUCUGGCGUCUGUUUCUGGUUGUCGGAGUUUCCUCCUAGGGCAAUGGGAAAUCUGCUCAUCCUGUAGCAUAUCUUCUGGGAGGAGAAAGCUCUAGGUCCUCCUGACCAGACCAAGUCCUUUUCUUCCCCUGAUUAACAGUGGGUCUGGGAGGAGAAUAAGCCCAAGACUGCCUCAGGAGAGGCUGAUGGGGGCAGCUCUAAUCUGUCACAGCUGAUGGAAGUCCAAAGAGACUUAGCCAAAAUUAUACUUGGUCUGGUCUUCCUCCUGCCAAUGCCUGAGUCAGGAUGUCUACAAUUGCUGUAGCUUUGAAGUUCCCCAUGAUGUCUGAUGUAAAAUGAGAAAAGACCUCAGAGGUUGGGUUGCCCCACAUGGCCUCCCUGCCCAACAUACAGCACUCCACUGACCACAGAUAAAAAUGUCUUCAGACAAUUUCAGGGUCUCUGGUUUAAUGUUUGUUUUGUAUCCUCUGGUAAGGUUGCUUGUAUUUUUGUGUUAGGACAAAUGUUUCUACAUGUUUCAUCUCUGUAGCUUGUCUGAUAGCUGUUGAGCAAGGUUUUCAUUUCCUGUGCAGCAAGUUUGACACAAUUUUUCACCUGAAACAAAAGCAGCAUAGCACAAGGGCUGAGGAGGCUGUGUAGGUGAGCCACGAGUAAACAACUUUGUCUUUGAAAGCUAAGGAUCUUGAGUCCUCCCUGAGCAUACAUCCGCACUUGCUGAAUGUGCUCCUGUGGACUCGCUUGCCUUCAUGAGGACAGCCUCCAUUCCUUCUCAGAUUUCUGCAACUUUUUAAGACAACACUCCUGUUGUCUUAAAAACCUGUUUUGCGAUGCAGUUUCAGUCCAGGCUUACUCUGGACAGUGCCAGUUGUGCUUUUGCACAUGAAUCUGCCCAUCUUUCUAGUGAGAUAAUGCACAAAGCUGUGCUAGCCAGCCAACUCCUGAAGCUCUUGCAAUGUUUGGGGCUCUGUCAGGGUUUCUUGACCCACUCUCAAGGACAAGGACUUGUACCUUUAACCUGCCUCUGGAAAACUGCGCUGUGAUUGUGUUUCUCUUUGUGAAGAUGCUUUUGAUUUGCCGAAUUUUACUGUUGAACACAUGCUAGUGGGCUGAACUUGCAGAUGCUUGUGUGAGCAGUGCUGUUGGCUUUAGCAGAGCCACUUACCCCAGAGAGAUUCUGCAAGGUCUGGUCCCAAACCGUUGCACUUUGGUGUUACCAGGUGGUAGAGUGCCUUAACUAACCAGUAAAU